AUGGAUGUUCAACUGGCAAAUAACCUCUCUGAACUUGAGAAAAUGUUUGGAUCCCGAAUGUGUGAAUACGAAAAGAAGCUGCAAAAAGUCAACAUGGAGGGCAAUUAUCCACAUACAGAUUUAUCAUCACUAGCACAGUUCGCGAUAGCCAACGUACAGUGUCAGUACGACAGUCCGUCGGACAACGAGCCGGAGACGGAGCGACCGGCGGCGAGACCGCCGGACGACCACACCUACGACUUGCGCGACGAGCCGCCAGCUUUCAUCAUCCAUCAAGUUAACCACGUACCUGGACUACCACCGUCAGCCCCUUUCGUGGAAGUGAGGCCGAAGAUAAUGACUAUAGGGCCGGGCUACACGCCCGGAGUGAACGUCAUCCACGUGGGGGAUCCGCCACAGAUGAGCCAGCCUCCGCCGGCGGAGUACAACAUGAACAAGCGCAUCCGGCGCAGCGAGGUGGUGCUGCGACAAGCAGCUGACUGUGUCAGCCGUGGUCUCACCUUCCAGACCGUCUCCGAGAAGUUCAACAUACCCAUCUCCACUAUACGCUUCUUUAUGGCGCGGAAAGGAAUACUGCCGCGUCGACGUCGCGGCCGCUGUGCUCAAAUGAGUCGCACGAGCACUAGUCCCGAACCGCCAUUCCACAUGCAGCACUACAAACUGCCCGAAAUGUCGCUCCGACCCGAGGAGACUGACACCAGCUCCCCCCCAGAACUGAAGCAGGAAUAA